AUGAGUCCAAACCGUCUCCGUGCUCUGGUUUCAGACGUGGACGAGUGUGCGCUGCGGCUCCACUCCUGCGCCGGCGCCACCGUCUGUGAGAACGCUCCCGGAGGAUUCCACUGCGUUUGUCCCAAAGGCUCAGACUGCAGUACCUCCUGUCCACAUCCAGGGGGCGACAGACUCCACGGAGAGGAGUGGACGUCUGAGGAGGAGCCGUGUCAAGUCUGCUCCUGCCAGGACGGAAACAUCUGCUGCACUGUCGACCUGCAGUGUGUCCAGGAAAACCGAGACCAACCAAACCAGUUCUGA